AUGGCGACUCGGACGCAGAAGCUCGCUCAACCCAAGCCCAACAGACUCAGAUAUCCGGACCGUCGGUCUGUUUACUGGCUGGAUGAGCCGCCACGAGACACGACUGGAUCCACCACAAAAGCUGAGUUAACCCCUCGCUGGUCGGAGCUAUGUAGAAGUAAAAAGUUCUACACUCAAGUCACAAUUUCGCCCAUAUGGGAGGUGAGCGAAUGGGCUCUCAGGGCCGCUGCAUCCAGCAGGCUGUGCGGUCUCGCUCGACCUCGGGCCCCCGCAGCCGGCUGGCAGCCGGACCGCCUGCUGCUGGCCCCCUUGAACAGAGCGACGCAGACCGCGGUCGCCACUCCACGAAUUUGCCAGCUCGCCCGACCAACAAGAAGGCCGGCUCAGGAGGGCCACAAAUCUAAACCUGCACCCGUGACCCACAUACCCUGCAAAGCAUCGGCACACAUAGAGCUUCUUGCUACCCCCAAGCGUGACCACCCCGAGUUUAAAGGAGAGCGCUCGGUGUGCCGGCUCGUCUCCAGAGCAGCCAGGAGCUACGUAGCCAGCCAGAGAGUUCAUGAGCUGUCCAGCCCCAAAGAGAGGAAGGCUCUGUUUGAGGGUUACGACCCGUACGCAGUCAGCCGGGCGGCCCGCUCUGCCAGCCCCUCGCCACGGAUUCAGCAGCUCUGCCUGCCUCUGCCUCGCAAAUUUUGGGAGCCCGCACGGGACCGGGGUCACUGUCGGACCGCUGGGCGGGACAGUAGCGUCUAUUACGCGCUGAGGGGCGGCCGCUGCGCGCAGACGCGCAUGUUGCCGGAGCUGGACGCCGGUAAGUGGACGCGGCACUUGACUCGUCGCGGUCAUGCGGUCCAUGAAGCGUCGCUGAUCUUCACCGCAGAUCAAACUCUGGGGUAG